AUGCGUCGACUUGGUCAAUGUUCUCAAGUCGAACGCCCCCAGGCCAAAAAAGACCUCGCCAAAAAAGACCUCUACGAUGAAUCUGAAUUUGACCAAGCCAAAGACAAAAGCACCUUCCGCCAGUUCAACGAUGCUUGUGACCAAGUGAAGAACUUUUACGCUCAGCAACACACCUUACAAACCGUGGCCUACAACCUCAAAGCCCGAAAUGACUUUCACAAUAAGACUCGUGCCCACAUGACCAUUUGGGAAGCUAUGGAGAAGCUCAAUACCUUUAUUGACGAGUGUGACCCCGAUACCCAGGAGUCCCAGAUGACUCAUCUGCUUCAAUCCGCCGAAGCGAUCCGGAAUGAGGGAAAGCCGAGAUGGAUGCAGCUUGUCGGGCUCAUCCACGAUCUGGGUAAACUUCUUUUCUUCUUCGGAGCACAGGGACAGUGGGACGUUGUUGGUGAUACGUUCCCUGUUGGAUGUGCCUUUGACGAUAAGAUUAUCUUUGGCACCGAGUCUUUCAAGAAGAACGAGGAUUUCAACAACCCGAUUUACAGCACCAAGUUUGGCAUCUACUCCCCAGGCUGUGGACUAGACAAUGUCAUGCUCUCUUGGGGCCAUGAUGAAUAUCUUUACCACAUCGUCAAGGACCAGUCAACUAUUCCAGCUGAAGGUCUUGCUAUGAUUCGCUACCACUCAUUCUAUCCCUGGCACCGCGAAGAAGCAUACCACGAGUUGAUGAAUGAACAUGACAAGAAGAUGCUGGCAGCAGUGCGUGCCUUCAAUCCGUACGAUCUCUACAGCAAGAGCGACGAGGUCCCAGACCCCGAGAAGUUGAAGCCCUACUAUUUGGAGCUCAUCGAUGAGUUCUUCCCCACCAAGGUCAUUCGGUGGUAA